AUGUCCAUGUUAAGUGUUGAAAAUACUCUUCGCCAAGGCAAAGAUAACAAUAUAGUGGAACUUGCUUUAGAAUUGGGCUUUGCCGAAACGAAUAUUGACAAACUAUUACAACACGAUAAGCCCCUCACCCACGGGCAAUUUAGGAAUAAAUUGGCUAAUCAGCUCGCGCAGGUGCGCCCAAAUCCACCGAUUCCUCGCAUCAUGAAUCCGCCUGUAGCUUCACGUUUAGAUGGUAUUAACCACUUUCCGAUAUACUCUAAUUCUGUAGAGAAUAGAUUUGAUGCUUCUCAAAUAUGGAACAUUGAUGAAACAGGGGUCACAACGGUUCAAAAGCCUAAGAAAAUAGUAGCUGCUCAUGGCCAAAAGCAAAUUGGAGCUAUCACGUCGCCUGAGAGGGGAACUCUUGUAACACUUGCUUGUGCCACUAGCGCUGCGGGUAAUUUGAUCCCACCGAUGUUCGUUUUUCCCAGGCUUAAAUAUUCUGAUAUGUUUAUUCGUGGUGGACCUCCAGAUUGCAUUAGAGAUGUUUAUUCGUGGUGGACCUCCAGAUUGCAUUGGAGCUGGUAA